AUGGGUCAAAAACAGUCGAAACUCUCGGCGGCGCAACUCGAGGAAUUGCAGCAAGCGACCAAAUUCGACAAAAGAGAAUUACAGGCAUGGUACAAGGGCUUCUUGAAGGACUGCCCCUCGGGUAGGCUCACGAAGGCCGAGUUUCAGAAGAUCUACAGGCAGUUCUUUCCUUAUGGCGACCCGACGAGUUUCGCGGACUAUGUGUUCAAUGUAUUCGACGCCGACAAGAGCGGCGAGAUCGACUUCAAAGAAUUUAUCGUUGCGCUGAGUGUGACGAGCAGAGGCAAGAUGGAGGACAAGCUGGACUGGGCGUUUCAGUUGUACGAUAUCAAUGGCGAUGGGAAGAUCAGUUAUGAGGAGAUGUUGGCGAUUGUGACUGCAAUAUACAAGAUGGUUGGAUCGAUGGUCAAAUUGCCCGAGGAUGAGGACACACCAGAAAAGCGAGUGACCAAGAUAUUCGCCAUGAUGGAUAAGGACCAAAACGCGUACCUCGAUCGGGAGGAAUUCCGAGAGGGCAGCAAGCGGGAUGAGACGAUCGUCUCAGCGCUCUCCUUGUACGAUGGCUUGGUCUGA